AUGGACCCCAGACUUGGCGGUAAGGCGCUGCAAAACCUCAAGAUGUUCAAAAGCCUCUGCGGAGAUGAAGCACUGUCUAAAGUCGUACUCGCCACCACUUUUUGGGGCAAUGUUAACUCCUCCACUGGAAUGGUUCGUGAAAAGGAAUUCGAGAAGAGCGAAUACUGGGGCAAGAUGAUCCAGAAAGGCAGUAAGGUCUUGCGACAAGAUGAUGGUCGAGCGUCAGCCAGAUUGAUCAUUGAGUACUUGGUGAAGAAGCGGACUCCAGCAAGUGCUGGCGUGGCGCUGGAUAUUCAAAUACAAAUGGUUGAUGAGGGAAAGUCGCUGGACCAGACAGGCGCGGGACAGGAGAUGAAUGCCCAGAUAUUAGCCAUGAGAAAGGAGUACGAAAACAAGAUAGCCACUCUUCGGGCCGAUCUGAGGGUCGCAAUUGAGAGGAAGGACAAGAAGUGGAAGGCCCAAAUUGAGGAUGAAAGGCGUAGAACGAAGACGAAGCUCGAAAACGCGGAAAAGGACAGAAUGAAGUUGCAAGCCGAUAACGAAGAGCUCAAGAAACGCAUCAGCGACAGACGAAGAUCGUUCGACCGUGACUUCCUCGACACAGAGCGGCGGAUGCAAGGUCUCGCAUACGAGCUGCAAAUCAUGCGGGAACGUAACGAAGCAGCUGAAAAACAGCAGGAACUCAGAUAUCAGGUUCAAGCCAAGCAGGACAAGCUCGAGAUGCUGCAAUGGAAGAUCAGACAGGCACAGACAUGCGUUCUGAUGUGA